AUGUCGAAUGUGGGUUCCGCUCGUCCGAGGCGACUAGUCGUUCUCAUCUCGGGCUCAGGCACUAACCUCCAAGCCCUUAUCGAUGCCCAAAACACUCCGGCUCUUCCCAAUACACGCAUUUCGCUCGUCCUCGCCAACAGGAAAGCUGCGUAUGGACUGACACGCGCGGCGCGAGCGAUUCCUCCCAUUCCAACCGCAUAUCUCGCUCUACAACCAUUCCUGAAAGCCAACCCCGGCAAGACGCGCGAUGACUAUGAUGCAGAAGUUGCUCGGAUUGUUAUCAGGGAGAAGCCGGACCUGGUUGUGCUAGCCGGGUGGAUGCACAUCAUGGGCGACGGGUUUUUGGAUAUUGUGAAUGGGGAGAGGACACUGGAUGGUGAAGACAAGGUGGAAAAGCCAAUCCCGGUCAUCAAUCUACAUCCUGCGCUACCCGGCGCUUUCGAUGGUGCGAACGCGAUUGAGCGAGCGUAUGAGGCUUUCCAACGGGGCGAGAUACCACAUUCAGGAGUUAUGGUACAUCGCGUAGUCAAGGAAGUCGACCGCGGCAAACCUGUUCUUGUGCGAGAGGUUGAAAUUCUCGAAGGAGAACCAAUCGAAGCAUUUGAGGAACGUUUGCAUCAAACUGAGUGGGAAAUAAUCGUUGCAGGCACCGCCAAAACAUUGGACGAGUAUGUGUCGCGCAGUGACAUUGGCUCUACGAGUUGA